AUGUUACAUGGGUAUAGCAAAGUCAUGUGUGUGAGAGAGAGAGUCCUGUCUGACAUUGGUACCGACUCUUCUGCUCUCCACCCCUAAGUACUUCAACAAAGAUAUAAGCACCAGAGCAGUGAUUUCACAAGAGGAAGCAGUAGCAGACCAGAGUGAGAGAAGAAACUAUGGCAGAGAACAAGAUGGGGCAAAACAUAGGGGCUGGGGCUGGAAUUCUUGCCAAACGAGUACAAAAGUCAUUGAAUCGUGCUCAGGAAAAGGUCAUGCAGAAGCUGGGGAAGAACAUGGAGACUAAAGAUGAACAGUUUGAGCAGUACUCCCAGAACCUUCUCAAACAACAGAAUGAUGGGGGAAGACUAUUCAAAGAAGUCCAAGCGUACUUCCGUGCAGUGAAAGUGAUGCAUGAGACAUCCAAGCGACUGUCCCAGACGUUAAGAGACGUCUACGAACCUGACUGGCAGGGAGGAGAGGACCUGUCUGUCAUCAUGGAGAGUGAGGACUUGCUGUGGAAUGAUUACGAAGAGAAACUAACAGACCAAAUAGUCCGCACCAUGGAGAAUUACACUGGCCAGUUUCAUGAAGUCAAGGAACGAUUGGCCAAACGCGGUCGGAAGCUAGUAGACUACGAUUCCUCACGUCACCACUUGGAGGCGCUGCAGAAUGCCAAGAAGAAAGACGAUGCCAAAAUCACAAAGGCAGAGGAGGAGUUCAACAUAGCCCAGAGUGUGUUUGAGGAAAUCAACAAAGAGAUGAGGGAGGAGCUUCCUGUUCUCUAUCAAAGCCGGAUUGGCUGUUACGUGACCGUCUUUCAAAACAUUUCCAACCUGAGGGAUGUCUUCUAUAAGGAAAUGAGCGUGCUGAACCAUGAGCUUUACAGUGUGAUGAAGAAGCUGGAGACUCAGCAUUCAGGAAAAGCGUUCAUCAUCAAGGGCCUCAACAGCACCAAGUCCAAGAAGAAGAAAUCCCUGCUCAUCUCAGCACCCAUCCCCUGUAACACUGCCUUCCCCUCGGACCACACAUCCCUCCAAGCAUCCGCAGCCCCCGAAAACAGCAAAGAGACUGUCCUGUCCAGCCACGAGACCCACACCCAGAGCAUCUCUGAGGAGCACGUUUCCCUCGCAGGAGAGGCAGAUGAGGGCACUCACAGUGUCCUCACGUCAGAAACGUCCGACUUCUCAGACGAGCUUAGCUCCAACGGUGCUGCUACGCCCAACAGACGGUCGGCGUGUGACAGCGACAACGGGGUCGGAAGCGACGUUGCGUCAGAGGGUCUGAAUGAUGUCCCAGAGGGUGGGGCUUCAGAGGAGCAGGGCCCUAGCCAAUCCGUCGGAAAAGGGCAAGUUCAAAGGUCAGAGGUGACUGGGUGUGAAGUCACAAUCAGUCAGGAGGCUCUUCCAAUGUCCACAGAGAGCGACGGCCCACAUGACACUGAGCAGGAGAGUGCGCCUGUAUCUCCAGAGAAUGGGGAAGCCCCACCUCGUCCUGCUCCACGCUGCUCCUUCCCCCCCUCUGAGAGGCACUCCUUCCCUCCUGCGGAGGCCAGCCAGGUGGAGAUGAAGGUGGAGGAGGGAGAAGGGGCUUCCCAGGCCCUGCAGGUAGGUGAUGCAAAGAGGACUGGAAAUUACUCAAACUCCCAGAAUCCACCUGGUUUCCUUAUCAAGGGAGUGGCGCUGGAGGGUCACACUUCAGAAGACGGGACGCUGCAGUUUGAUGUGGAAGACGUGAUUCUCAUGUUCGCCGACUCAGAGGAGAAGCAGGAAAGCAUAGCGACGGGGGUGAGGGAGAAGACCUGUAUCCAGCAGGGAGAUCUAUCAGAUUCAGAAUGAGCCAAUGGUGGCCUUUCGUUUCCUGCUGUCAUGACACAGCUGCACACAAAAUGGCAAUGGACCAAGAUGGUGUGGAGGACAUCUUAAAAAAAGAGAGAGGAGAAAAAAAAGGAACACAAGCCCCAUGUGAUUAUUACUCACAUGCUUCCAUGUCGCAACUUGUUGGUAGAUAAUGAUGAGUUUCAUACCUUCCGAGAGAUUUUUGCAGAAUGUUCUGAAUUGUUAACACAUGAUUGUCUAAUCUACAGUAUUUUGCCCUUGUUUGUAUUGUUAUUGUGUAAGUCUAGAAACUGAAAUGCACAGAAACCCUUUUUGUAUUGAUGCCGAUGAAAGAUGUAUAGUUUAAUAAAGUUAAGUGUGAGAGCA